AAUAUAAUAAUCGCAAUCUUCCUCUGCAUUUACACGUCUUUGCUGUCUGCUAUCUUUUGUGUCGAGUGAAAGAAAGAGAAAUGGCUCAGAACCCCAGGGUCUACUUCGACAUGACGAUUGGCGGAGUCCCAGCUGGACGCAUCGUUAUGGAACUCUUCGCGGACACUACACCCCGAACUGCUGAGAACUUCCGCGCCUUAUGCACAGGCGAGAAGGGAAAGGGCCGCAGUGGGAAGCCCCUUCAUUACAAGGGCUCCACCUUCCACCGUGUCAUUCCCGGCUUCAUGUGCCAAGGUGGCGAUUUCACCGCUGGUAAUGGAACUGGCGGUGAGUCCAUCUACGGCUCAAAAUUCCGCGAUGAAAACUUCAUCAAGAAGCACACUGGCCCAGGCAUCCUCUCCAUGGCUAACUCUGGCCCCGGCACCAACGGCUCCCAGUUCUUCAUCUGCACUGCCAAGACCCACUGGCUCGACGGCAAGCACGUCGUCUUUGGCCAGGUCGUCGAUGGUAUGGACAUCGUCCGGGCCAUCGAGAAGGUGGGGUCUUCUUCUGGAAGGACUUCGAAGCCGAUCGCAAUCGCUGACUGUGGACAGCUGUCUUGAAGGGGGUAUUUGAACCGUUGAUCGGUUGGAUCCAUCCGGGGUUUGCAAAAAAGUUUGUCCUAUGAUUGCUUUCUCUUAAACAAAGAAGAUGAAUGAGUAAAUAAAAUAAUAGUAUUAAUAGUA